GCCAGUACUCCUUUCAACUUUUUUAACGUCAUGAUAAGACACAUUCAAUUAUUCGACAAAGUAUGCGGUUAACAAAUAUAUAAUAAGUAACAAUUACACAUUUUAUGUUUCUUUUAAAACCCCAAUCACAAUGAUGGAGGAAUUUGCGUCGCAGGAAGAGCCAGUUCCUCGCGGCAGCUUGGAGUUCACUGAAAGCUCAAUUCUGGACACAAUCAUCCCGUUGGCUAGUGAUUUGAAUAUAGAGGAAGCUUUGAGCGGGAGUAUAGAAAAGCUCGAUGAGGGCCGUAGUUCUCCAUUAGCUGCCAUUCCCCAAAGACACGCUCUCUAUUUUGGUUAGUCCUCCGAAUUACUGAAAAAGCUCUCUAUCUUACUCAUUCAUAGAUGCUAGAUGAAACCGUCAAUAUUUAUGUCGUUCUACAAACUCCUUACUUUGACGAACGAUCUCUUCGAUCCUAUCUCAACAGACUUAUAAUAAAUCUGGAAGCUCACGUUAUAAAUACGAACGCCGAGCAUCAAGAUGGCUCGGCGGGACGUGAGCUUAUUUACAAGGGUUCUGUAGAAGAUACCGACGAGCCAUUGAUAGUUGUACAAGGCUCAGAUGAGGCUGAUGGUGCCAAUAAUGAUGGUCAUAUACUUUUGAUUUGGAAACUUGCGGCAUUUCUCGGUAGACCACGGCUACGCUUGCAGAGCCCUUCUGUGGUAUUUGUGGCCACGGCAAACCUCAAAGCAGCGGAGCAAGUUGAUACAGAUACAUUGCGGCAGGAGUAUCUCCCAAGUCAGGUCCCAUCCGGCUUGAAUCUCCUUGAAGCUUUCAGUAGUGAUGCAUAUCUCAAAGGUAUCAAACCACGAUUGUCCGCAUUACGAGUCGCCAGAGUCGCACCAGCAGCGCAAAUAGCUCGCGACUUAGCUCGACCUUUUAAGAAUAUCUCACGGCAGUCAAUUAAAGUAUACCCAGCUAUAAAUGCCCGCGUCAGAUAUUCGAGGCCAAAUGGUACACCCAGCAAUACUUCAGUAAUAGCUUCGCUAGAUAUUGAUAUUACCCCUUUUGUGAAUUGUGACAUUAUCCUCACAGAUAUCCAAAUACAGGUGUGCGGUGGUCAAGUACAAGAUUUAAAUCAAAUUCCGGGCCUAAUACUCCCAAUUACUUGUCAACCGCAAGAUGAUAUUACCUUCCUCUAUCAAAUAUUACCUGAUGACAUUGACGCUGCUAAUAAGUCUCAAAUUCGAGCCAUCGAUAUUUCCAUCACCGCCACGGCAAAUGUCAGUAGUGUCUGUAGACCAAAGAUCAUGAUGCAAUGGUCUGCAUCCCUCGAUUUUACACCUCCUAUUAACAACGGCUUUGGUCAACCUACAAAACCUAUUCAGCGACCUCAUAGACCCUCUGCACUGUCUAUCGGCGCAACAUUUGACAGUAUUCCAACAAUUUCAACUCUAACAGUCCCUCAUCCCGAUUCUCUUCCAACAAUAGAAGCGACCGCUCCAACACGUUCUCAUCAUCGACAUCAAAACUCUGUCCCAGAUUUUGGAGUUACCAUGACAUUCUCCUCGCCAUCUACGUCUUCAAUAUAUCCAGGACACCCCUUCAUCUGGUCUAUUUUCAUAGUGAAUCGAUCCGAUCGACCCCGCAAGCUUGCUCUCCUUGUCUUACCAAAAAGACGUCGAACUGAAGCUCGUAUAACACGCCCUCCUUCUGCUGGUCAUGGAAGCGCACGUCGAGAUCCAAAGGUUGCGGACGCUGUCCUCGAUGACAACAUAAUAUAUGCCAUUCAACGAAAUUCCGCCAUGGAAUCAAGUGAAAUUGUAUGUCUGAGUACGGAUACCCGCAUAGGGCCACUUGCACCAUCAGCAUGCUACGAAGUUGAGCUCAAAUUCAUGGCAUUGAAGGAAGGUAUUGUGGGAGUAGAAGCAGUAAGGGUAGUAGAUUUGGGAACACAAGAACAUGUAGAUAUCAAGGAUUUGCCGACGAUCGUCGUUAAACCUGAGCCCAAGGAGUAAAUAGUCAUGGUUGGAUUGUCAAAUGGUAUUAUCGGAUCAAUUUGGUAUAAUGUGUUAUGAGUUCCAUAAGAUGGGUUUCAUAUUGAAUAGCAAUAUUUAUCCUCAGUACCCUUUAUACACCCAUGAUUGUUGUGUUGUGGUGGGUAGAGAUAACAAGGUAAAGAGUAUCUUGAUUCGAAUUAUAGCAACCAUUGAAGAUCCUACACCAUCUCAUCCUAUC